AUUCCACUCCAAUUGUUCAUACACUUGGAAAUUUGAAUCCUAUCAUACCCAACAACUCAAAGUUUGAUUACCCAAAUGGCCUCUUCAGAAGAAGCCCAAAGCCAAAUCCAUGCCAACAACAUGCAGCAAGAUCACGAGGAACAAUCUUCCUCGUAUGCUAUGCAGCUUGUCAACUCAGUCGCGCUGCCCAUGACUCUGCAUGCUGCACUUCAGCUGGACAUUUUCCAGAUCAUAGCCAAAGCCGGAGCUGAUGCCAAGCUCUCCCCACAGGAGAUAGCAACCCAGUUGGGCGCCCGAAACCCUGAUGCGGCCAUGAUGCUGGACCGCAUCCUUAGGCUCCUAGCCACCUACAAUGUGCUUACUUGCUCUGUUGCUGUUAAUGAUCAUCAAGAUGAUCCUCAGAGACUGUACGGUUUAGCAUCUGUGUCCAAGUACUUUAUCCGAAAUGAAGAUGGUGUUUCAUUAGGACCCUUCAUGGCUUUGCUUCAGGACAAGGAAUUAUUGGAUAGUUGGUCUCAAUUGAAGGAUGCAAUUGUAGAAGGAGGAGUUCCUUUUGACAGGGUCCAUGGAACUCAUGCCUUCGAAUACUCUGCCAAAGACUCCAGAUUCAAUCAAGUUUUUAAUAAAGCAAUGAUCAAUCAUACCACCAUUAUUAUCAAGGAAAUCCUUGAGUCCUACAAUGGAUUUGAACACCUCACCCGUUUGGUCGAUGUUGGUGGUGGUUUAGGAGUCACCCUCAGCUUCAUCACUUCCAAAUACCCUUCCAUAACGGGAAUUAAUUUCGACUUGCCUCAUGUUGUUCAACACGCUCCCCCUUACGCAGGGGUUGAACAUGUGGGAGGAGAUAUGUUCCAUAGUGUUCCUAAGGGAGAUGCCAUUUUUAUGAAGGUGGGUUUUAUGAUUUUGCUUGGAAAACUACACAUCAAUGCAUUACAUUAAUGGAAACCUAUCAUUUUCGAAGAUGUGAUUUGGAAAUGAAUUUGCAGUGGAUACUACAUGACUGGAGUGAUGAUCAUUGUGUUAAACUGUUGAAGAAUUGUUAUGAUGCUAUACCUGAAAAUGGAAAAGUAAUCGUUGUAGACGCAGUCGCUGCAGUUUUGCCCGAGAAGGAUGUUACUGCGAGGGCCAUUGCUCAAAUGGACGUGUUGAUGAUGACGCAAACCCAUGGCGGGAAGGAAAGGACUCAACAAGAAUUCAUGAAGUUGGCAACUAAAGCUGGAUUCAGUGGAAUCAGAUAUAAAUGUUUUGUAUUUAC